ACCUUACACAUAAUGCCACAGCGAUAAUAUUUCUUUCCUCUAAGCUCUCCUCUGUGAUCUACCAGGCUCAUCCGUCCUGUCCCUCGGUCUUCCUUGCUGCCUCUCGUCGCCUAGAGUUGAGAUAAGCCCUCUCCUCGUCGCGAAUAGAGCCCUCGAAACACCCAGGCCUCAGACUCACUUCUGAGCCUCCGCCACCCACAAUCCAAUGCGUCGAGCAGCAGUGAGGGCAUUUCGGACAGCGCGUCUGGUUCCACGCAACAGCAUCUCCCUACGAACUCGCAGCGGAACCUUUCAAUCUUCAAGCUAUGCACUAGGCAUCCGAAACUCAUCAGGACGAGCAAACUCGACCACGAAGACUACACCCGCCUCAGCCAAGAUCGCUGCGACCGCAAAAGCAUCGUCGUCGAUGUAUAUCCGCAGAUUCUCGGUCGCUGUGGUUUCUGGUUUGGUGGGUUAUGGAGCUUGGUAUACAUACAAGUAUCAAGCUGGGGACUUCAACGGUACAUCUAUCGCGCAGGCUCAACAGUCUAGAGGCUUGACUACAUCGCCUACGCUUUACGCGCCUCUACCAACGGGAGAGCCGGAUAUAGAGAGGAAGGCGGUGAUUGUCGGUGCAGAUACUCUAUACACUGGAGCUAUUACUGGCGACGAACCAAUAUCUAAGGACACAGACGAGUCGGGUAGGAAGGUCUUGGAGAUGUUGACCCCAGACCAAGCCACGCAGAAGUUACGGAGGAAUGAGGAGUCAUAUCUGGUGGGACGGGGAAAGGGCGUUGUGAGAUAUGAUGUGGUGCAAAUACCCAGUAACGAUCCUAUUGAGGACGAUCAUGUGGAGAAAAUAAUCGAGUUGCCGCAAGCAUUAGCAACUGCUACGGCUGCAAAGAAUAAUUCUAGCGAUUGGAUGUUCUGGGGAGUGUUUGAUGGUCAUUCAGGCUGGACUACUUCUGCUAAGCUUCGACAAGUUUUAGUAAGCUUUGUUGCUCGGGAAUUGAACUCCACAUACAAAGCUGCUCUCGCAGAUCCAUCAGUCGACACACCAUCCUCAGAAGCUAUUGAAACUGCUAUCAAGACCGGUUUUAAUAGACUGGACCAUGAAAUCGUCCACGAAAGUGUAGAGAAGGUCUUGAAGUCCAACUCGAAACUAGUUGCCGCUGAACUCCUCGCGCCCGCUCUUUCCGGAUCAUGUGCGCUUCUCUCCUUUUAUGACAGCAAUACAAAACUCCUACGAGUAGCUUGUACCGGUGAUUCUCGAGCCGUUCUCGGUCGACGAGGAGAUUCCGGGAAGUGGGUCGCUACCCCAUUAUCUGUCGAUCAAACCGGAAGUAACCCAGACGAAGAGGCCCGCAUGCGUAAACAGCAUCCUGGGGAACCAAAUGUCAUCCGCAACGGCAGAGUACUUGGUGGCCUCGAACCAUCCCGAGCAUUCGGGGAUGCAACGUAUAAAUGGUCCCGUGAAGUCUCCGAGCGUCUCAAGCAAUCCUUCUUCGGCCGCACUCCCUCGCAGCUCCUCCGUACACCUCCGUACGUCACAGCCGAGCCCAUAGUCACAACCACCAAGAUUCAGCCUGAAAAGGGAGACUUCGUGGUCAUGGCCACUGAUGGUCUCUGGGAAAUGCUUACUAACGAAGAAGUCGUUGGUCUCGUAGGCCAGUGGAUCGAGAAGCAAUCUGGCGAGUCGAAUGGUAGUUCGUGGGCUAAGAUGUUCUCCCAGCAGAAAGGUCUACCCGUCGAGCAAGGCGGUAAGAAGUCAGAGGGUAAAGAUGGUCAGAAGACUCCCAUUAGACAGCAGCAGUGGGGUGUAAAGGGUGGUGAGAUGGAGAGGUUUGUCGUGGAGGAUAAGAAUGUUGCUACUCAUCUUGUGAGGAAUGCGCUUGGUGGAAAGGACAAGGAUAUGGUUUGUGCGUUGUUGACUUUACCAGCGCCGUAUUCAAGGCGGUAUAGGUAUGUUCCUACUUCUUCUUGCCCUUUCUCAUUCCCACCUCCUUCCUUCCACACACAAAUCACUCCCAGUAGACACUAACUCUCUAAAUAAGAGACGAUCUCACAGUCGAAGUCAUCUUCUUCGGCAACAGCGACAAGAGCGGCGACGUAGUCCUCAACAAGGAAGCCAGCGCCUCAGCAGCCGAACCUAAAGCAAAACUAUGAUUUGAUUCCGCCCCCCUUUUCCCACACCAUAUCCUAUCUCGUGCGUAUCUCUCUAUUCUGCUAUUGGCAUCUAGCAUAGAGCAUAGACGGAGCUUGGUAGCGUGUAUUUUGUAGCUUAUAUAUUGAUCUUCAAUAAGAAUUUGAGAUCCAAGACAAGCACUUCAUGGCAAGAUUGUGGGAACAGUACUUGAGAAAAACCCAAUCCUGGUUCAUACUCUAAAGUUAUAUAUAUUCAGACCAUGAUGUGUUGAUACAGCAACUAAUCUACGAGCGCUGCUCAUCCUAAAGUCAAGUGUGGGAUGACGUUCGUGAUGGCCGCGGGGAUGUAUGCCAGUGUCCUAUGUGUGCUUGUUUGGGACUCCGACACUUGUGCGGGAUAUUACAGGAGGGCUACGACGACUG